AUGAAAGAUCCACUCGAAUUGUGGACCAACUUGAAGGACCGAUAUCACCAUCUAAAAUUGACAAUAUUACCAAAGGCUAAAUAUGACUGGAUACACUUUCGGUUUCAAGAUUUUAAAACUGUGGUUGAGUAUAAUUCUGCUAUUUAUAAAGUAAGUUCAAUUUUAAGAUUAUGCGGAGAAACCAUCACUGAUGAGGACUUACUAGAGAAAACUUUUUCCACUUUUCAUGUUUCUAAUGUAUUGCUACAACAACAAUAUCGUGAAAAGGGAUUUAAAAAAUAUUCAGAAUUGAUUACAUGCCUACUUGUGGAAGAGCAGAAUAAUACUUUGUUAAUGAAAAAUCAUGAAGCUCGUCCCAUUGGAUCUUCUUCAUUUCCUGAAGCGAAUGUUGUAGCAGCACAUGAUCAGCUUGAAAUAAGAGGACAAAAUAAUUAUCGUCAUAAUGGUGGAAAUAAACAAGAGAAUAAUAAAGGUUCUCAAAACAAUACUUCAAAGGGUAAAGUUAAUAUUUGUCACCGAUGUGGUAUGAAAGGUCAUUGGGCACGUAUUUGUCGUACGCCUGAUCAUUUUGUCAAAAUUUAUCAAGCUUCCCUUAAAACAAAAGAAAAUGAUGUGAAAGUACAUUUGACCUUUCGAGGUGAUGAUCAUGAAGCAGCUCCAUCAAAUACAUAUGAUGAUGUUGAGGCAAAUCUUACUUACAAUGCUGAUGACUUUAAGGGCCUCUUAGAUGUUACCUAUUUGAAAGUUGAAGAUUUCUAUGAGGACAUUAAUUGA